AAGUUUCUCCAGAAGAAGCAGACUGACUUCUCGUCCCUAAAGAGCGACGAGCCUACUCAUGAAAUAUAAUCGCAAGUACGGGCAGAGCAGCAUAAUGACAGAAGAAAAAUACCAGCUGCCAGUCUGUUCAUCCUAAUUUAUUGAAAGCAAUGACCGAGUUCGCUUUGUACCCGUCAGCAUUUUAGCUGCCCCCGCCCAGAAGCAGCUGCCCGCACGUCCAGCCGGAAUUACGAGAACAACCCUGCAGGUUCAAAAACCCAGCAGCUGGAGCUACUUUUGCAACGACCUACUGGUUGACGAUUUUUCGCUCCACUAGCACGACAGAGAGGUGUGAGGACAAGGACUGCAAAUAAAGAACCGCCACUUCUUUUGAACAAAUCCCUCCACCCCCGCCAGAGUCGUCCAAGAUGAACAAGUACGAGGUGGUCGGCGUGGUGGGCGAGGGCGCCUACGGUGUCGUGCUGAAGUGCCAAAACAUAUCCACAGUAAAUUUCCCGUACGCGUACAAAUGCGGUCUCUGCAUGGCAAAACUUGGCGCCGAACCUAGUUUAGCACGACAAGUGCUACGCCCUAAAUUGGUAAAAUUUGUGAUGCAUCUUGUACAUGUGCGGGAAAUUUGUAUUGCAUAAAACAAGGAGACGGGGGAACUCGUCGCGAUUAAGAAGUUCAAAGAGUCCGAAGACGAUGACAUCGUGCGGAAAACGACGCUGCGGGAGGUGAAGAUGCUCCGGAUGCUGCGGCAAGAAAACAUCGUGCAGCUGAAGGAGGCGUUCAGACGAAAGGGGAAACUGUAGAAGAGUGGUUUUUUGUCAUGCAUAUUUGCUCAACAUCAAAAUGACGGGAAGUAGAGAUCAUGCUGGUCUCGAACUUUGUCAUGCUCCGGAAGAAGAUUCGUAACCGAGUCGCUUCUGCAAAAAACUAAACAGGUAUCUGGUUUUCGAGUUCGUAGACAAAAAUCUGCUGGAGGUGCUGGAAAUGUUUCCCAACGGUAUCGAGCCGGAAACCGUCACGCUGAUCGUCUGGCAACUGGUAAAGGCAAUAGAGUACUGCCACGCGCACGACGUGAUACACCGUGACAUCAAGCCGGAGAAUUUGCUCAUGAACAUGGAAGACCGGUCUUUGAAGCUGUGCGACUUCGGGUUCGCCCGAACAAUGAGCAAGACCAGUAGCAGCGAGUUAACAGAUUACGUAGCGACAAGGUACUUGUUGUUUUGUGAGCUGGAGCAGUACCGACUCUUUUGUGAUGUUCUAGGACAAACCCAAAGAUGAUGAUGCACAAGUGCGUUUAUUACCGAGACCAAGUUAUAAUUAAUUGCAGUUUCUCUUUCUCGUUGCAUCCGAAGUUUAUCAAGUUUAUUGUCAAAUGAUCAAUCGAAGGUGGUACCGCGCCCCCGAGCUGUUGCUGGGGUCGACCCGCUACGGGAAACCCGUGGACAUCUGGGCGAUCGGGUGCAUUAUGGGGGAGAUUCUCGACGGGCAGCCCUUGUUCCCCGGCGAGACAGAAAUAGACCAGUUGUUCAUCAUCCAGAAGAUGCUGGGCGCAAUUACACCGGAACAAAUGGAAAUGUUCAUGCGGAAUCCACGCUUCAUGGGAUUGAAGUUCCCGGACAUGAGCAAGCCAGAGACCCUGGAAAAGAGGUAUACUGAUUGUUGAUGUGGGGUCGUUUUUGAUGCAUAUUAAUGUACGAAAAUGCAGAGCAUCUUUUUUUGCGUAGGCCAGUUUUUGUCUAGAUGCGGUAUAUUGCUUUGCAAAUCUUACAAAUUUGGGCCUUUUGAAAUUAGGUACGUUGGCAAGAUACCAAAACGGUCCUGGAUGAACUUUAUGAAGUGCGUAUUGAAGAUGUACGCAGGAAAAAGUCUGGGUUGGAAGUCAUCAAAGUGCAAACGCGUGUCGUGUCAGUAGCUCUGUGCAUAACAAAGGAGGCUUUUUCAGAUGUGGCUUAUCCAUUCCAGCAUGACAAAGGUGGUUUUUCUUUUUUCGACAGAUUGUGUUUGUGCAUCAGUUUGAACUCCAACUCGGAAUUUUUCUGAUCCAUAGUGUGGAGCCAAGGGACCGACUCGACGGGGCACAGGCGGUUGCGCACCCAAUGUAAAAAAUAGUCGGUGCUGUUUCAUCUCAGCAGAAUUUGUUUAGCCACUGUACAUAAGUGCGAUUCUUACAGCUUCUGUCUGAUAGCGAAAGAAAUUUGCAUGGCAACAGUCUUUUCUCACAACAGGUUCGACGAACUGCGACCGAAAUCUUCCAAGAUGACGGUAAUGGACUCGCCAGAAAGAGAACGAACAAAAACAACAUCGGGCUCGAAAAAGAAGUUUCAGUUUCAGGAGCCGGGAAUGGCGGCAACCAGCAGUGGCUUCUAUCCGCAAGGCAACGCGGCCUCGCAUGUACUGUGUUUUCUUGUGCUUUGCUUUGGUCUGUCACGCGGGAGCUGUACAUUUACUUUUACAGGGAAGAUUUCGUCGUACCGGUUUUGGUAGCGAUAUAGGAAGAAGAACAAGCCGCGAGCAUAACAAGCCUCGAUUUUUGGACGAAUCAAAAAUAAUUGUGCAAAUGAAAUGCCGCAGGGCCACGCCGCGCACAAGGCCGGCGGUGCAAAGGGAAGCGACGCAUACUACGGACGAGAAGCCUUUGAAGUCCCAUACAGCAGGAGUAACCCAAGCACGAGCCACGGCCAUGGCAACGCCCAGAAGUUCGACGGAAGUACUAAAAAUUUGCAGAAUGCUGGUGAUGCUGCGACAAGUUUGUCUUGCAUGAUUGACACGUAUGAUUUCGUUGCAUUUUGUCAACGUGCAGAAGAUGAUGAUGAAAGUUCCCGAAAAAUUUUCCUCAAACACUCCACCCAAAAAACAGCUCCUUUCGAAUACCCCUACGGCGGCAGCAACACGGAGGAUUUCGACGGGGGCACCGGCGGUGGGCCGAUGUUCCCGACCGAGCCGCCCUUCCCCUACGGCACCGGGAACCCCGCAGCACAGCACGACGCGAACGCGAAUACCGGCGGCGGCCCGGGGGCGCACGUUGAAACGAGCAGUUCGAUGCCGCUGAAGCCCUCGGGGCACCAGCCGAUGCACCCACCGAACAUUGUGCAUCAGCAGAUGAGCUCGACCAGCCGCGCCGGGCAAAACGCCUUCGGCCUGCAGAGCAGCAACGCCGACAGCGGCGUUCCGGGGGUGGGCACCGGGUCCAGCGGCCCCUCGCAGUCGCAAACCCAGACCGUCUUGCGGAAAUCGAAAAACCCGAAGAAAUCGUCGCGAAGAACCACCAAUCUGAUGGCGGACACCGACAACCUGAUGGACAACGACGGCCACGGCGGCGCCCAGCCGUCCUCCAGUUCUAGUCGCGGGAGCAAAUCGAAGAAGAUUUCGAAUCUCUCCAACGCGAAUUCACAUCUGCGGUCAACCAGGAACCACGAUUUCGGGAACAUAAACAGCAACUCGAACAGCAACCAUCCGAACUCCCAUCUCUCCGCUAUGAACGUGCAGUCCAGCAACAAGUCGGCCGCGCACUACUUGCAGAAGGAGCAGAUGCUCAUGCGCGGGGACCCGAAUCUGAACAGCAACAAUUUCGGGCACCACGAUUUGGGCAACCACAACCUGGACUCCAAUCCCAACUCCUACCCGCUGCCCUACCGAGUAUGCAUUGCAUCAAAAGAAUCGCACAUCUAGGAGGGGUUGCAUAGCAAGUUCGUUUCUCAACUUAUGAGAAGUUGCAUUAUGCUGGAUGAGGUUGAGGAAAGAUAAAGAAACGAUGUCUGUCAUGCCGUGUCUGCAAUAAUUUCUUGGACGCGUGCGUCGAUUUUUUUGCAGUUGAUACCGAGACAGCAGUAGCAAUCCGGGCAACCGGGUCCUGCCCCACAUCGACCAGCAUGGGCGAAACCGGAUUGGGGGAAACCAUCCCGGCAUGCUGGGACAAGAAUCGGGGAACAGCGGAAACGAUUGGGAUGAUCACUGGUCGAAUUUGCAGGCAAAUCAGCCACUCUACUCCCUGCCGCCAAGCCUAUCCUUUGUAAAAAUGUCCCCACGACGACUUUGUAAUCAAGAUGAUGGCAACCAAAAGUCAAUAGAAAAAUAGAUUUUUUGCCCCACACAAAUCCAGAAAAAUUUACGCGCCCCGCAUGACAAAUUUGGACACCUAUUGUAAGUAGCCGUGUUUGGAUAUAUUUUUCCUGAUUAGUGCAUGACAAAUUGCAGAACUCCACUAGUAGAAAGUGCUUCUCUUGGAACUGCGCACGCGAAAGUUUUUAGGUAUUCACUUUUGCAUGACGCCGAACUCUGGGAUGGGGACUCAUUUACACACGAUAAACCCGGGAUCUGAACCACGCCAUUCUGUCCAGCCGGGACGGCGUCACCAGUCGGGAUGGACGUAUAGAUUUAUUUUGUCAUGCAGGCGAGCAUGAAAUUGAUUCAAGUUUAAGUUUAACCCAUACGUCGCGAGCAAAUCUUGAUGUCAUGUGCGUAUAAAGAAGUGACACAAACAAAAUUUCAGUUGGCGGCGGGCACUACAGUCACAGCAGGGACGGGUACGGUUUGCGCGGUAGACCCUUGAGUCGGGAAAUUUUGUCCCACCGACGACCAAGUCGGGACGAGGAUCGGUGGGCGACGAGCGACCACUUUUUCGCUCCCCCGAUCUAGGGACUGGGAACAGUAAACAUGUCUGCUCGAUGGAUUUUCUACUUCGAGGAGCAUUUGGUGAAAGCAACCCAAUAUUAUCCAAAUUUUCGUUUUCGUUUACGCAACAAUCCAAUACUUAUCCAAAAGCAAAGUAGUAGGUUUCGAGGACUCUAAGCUAGUACCAGCAGGUUUCGAGGUUUCGCAUUGAUUUACGCUCAGUUAGAACUCCUAGAACUUUUGCCGGUGAGAAGACACUUAUUCUUCCGGCCUUGACCGGCUUGUACCAAGAAUUCAUCUAAAGAUAGAGCCGAAAUUCAUCUAGCACUACUCCGCGCGGGGCCGGCCACCCCGCGCAAAAAGAGGAGCAGCGGGAGGCAGAUUGGCAGUCUGAUGAUUACGUAGAUUGAUAUCUUCGAGAUUGCUGCGCCUCUCCGCUUGCUUCUCGCCAGAACUAGCAAUCCCAGCAAUUCUUUUACCUGUAAUUUUCAAAAAUACGUUUCCGCUAGAUCGCUCAGCUUUCCUCACUUUGUCAAAGCAAAGUUGUUUACAAUUGGUGAUAAGUUGACAAAAUCCUAGAAUUCGUGACUAAGUUGUUUCCCAGUAUGUAGAAAGACGCGUGUAGCUGUCGGGAGAAGAAAAACGUGGAGCGGGAUAAGCAUCGGGAAAAAAAAACAGGAGCAGCACGCCUACAAAUAAUGCUUUUGUAAUGAAAAUAGAAAUCCCCCGAACUGUAUUUCUAUCGCUGUUUGCUGGAUGAACUUUCUACAAACCAAUUUUCCGAUAGCUACCUCUUGCUUCUACAAAGUGCUUACGGGGGCGGCGACUUCUGAGCAGCAGAAUGCAUUGUGGUCGUCUGCCGCCGUCUGAACUGUAAAAGGACUACUUCUAUUUCAAGCUUUGAUAUCCCUUGUUUCCCUUCCAGAAUGACCACUCUGAAGAGCAAGAAUGUGAAUUGAUUCUACCCUUGUACGAAAACUCUGCCGGUCGAGCAGAACUGGAACUGAAAAGAAAAGUCGCGACUUGAUGAAACUCGACAAGAU